AGAAGAAAUUCCAAGGAAUCUACAGAACUUCUCAGGAGUCUAAGAAAAGUCGUUUGUAACAGUUAGUAUUGAAACGAUGUCUGUUAACAAACACGGAAUGUAUCAUGAUGUCGAUAAAAAAUGUUUAAAAAUAGAUAACCAGUCUGACCAGGCUUCUUCGAUCGUAGAAUCAGCAAGAAUUCUAGCAGUAUAUCCCUGUCCAUCGAUCAGUCAUCAAGUUGUUUUUCGACCGUUGACCUUAGAACUACUAAAACUUGGACAUGAAGUGAUUGUGGUAACACCUGAUCCAAUGUUUCCAAAAUACGGUGCACCGCCUAAUCUUACCGAGAUCGAUAUUCACGAAUCAUAUGAAAUGAUGCAAAAAACAAUGGCCGCAAGUGUAAGUGAUGACCCAGAAUCUUUAUUUGAUCAUUUAAAUGUGGCAGUUGCUAUGAAUGAAUUUAUAAAUACACAAACUGAAUUUGUUGUUAAAACAAAACAGUUUCAAGACUUAUUAAAUGAGAUAAAAACAAAGAAGUUUGAUUUGUUAAUGAUAGAAGCAUUGUUUACCCCUAUGUUAGCAUUAACAGAUUUAACAAAAGCACCGACGAUUUUAGUUAGCUCUUUAGGACCUUUUUUUGGCAACUACGAAAUGAUGGGAGCGCCGACAACACCGUUAUUGUACCAUCACGUCUUUAGCAAUAGACUCUACAAUUUGAAUUUAUGGGAAAAAGCAAGUGAACUCUAUAACAAACUACAAAUUGAUUUUAAUAAUAAUAUGAUCGAGAAAAGUACAAAUGAUUUGCUCAAAAGAAUUUUUGGAUCUGACAUUCCUCCUUUAAAUGUUUUACGUGAUAAUGUUGAUAUGCUUUUUGUGAAUUUAAAUCCUAUUUGGGAAGGAAAUUAUCCUGUACCGCCGAACGUUAUUCACAUGGGUGGUUUACACCAGAAGCCACCGAAGCCUCUACCUCAGAAUCUCCAACAAUAUCUGGAUGCUUCGGAAAAUGGUGUUAUUUACUUCAGUUUUGGAACAAAUGUGAACACAUCAUUACUGCCUUUAGAAAAAAUGGCAGUCUUUCAAAAGGUAUUCGCCGAAUUACCCUAUAAUGUUUUAUGGAAAAUGAAUAAUGAUGAGUUUCCUGUAAAAUCGGAUAAUGUUAAAAUAUUCAAAUGGCUACCACAAGCUGAUUUAUUAAGGCAUCCUAAAAUCAAAAUGUUUAUAACACAAGGAGGCUUACAGUCAACUGACGAAGCAAUCACAGCCGGUGUUCCUCUGCUUGGUGUACCGAUUAUGGGAGACCAACGGUAUAACGUAGAAAAAUACGAACAUCACAAAAUUGGUGUAAGGCUUAUGUUCAAAGACGUUACUGAAACCAAUUUAAAAAAUGCAAUCUUAGAAUUAGUGGAGAAUCAAAGCUACCGGGACAAUAUAGUACGGCUGCGGACGCGGAUGGAGGACCAGCCUCAGACCCCGCUAGAGCGCGCCAUCUGGUGGAUAGAAUACGUUCUCCGUCACGGCGGCGCGAAGCACUUGCGAGCCCCCGCUGCCAACUUAUCAUGGAUUGAGUAUUACGAAGUAGAGUUGGUUUCUUACCUGUUUGUCGUCCUUUUAUUUUUUAUAUCGUUAACGUUUUUAAUAAUCAGAUAUUUAGUGUCGUUUGUAUUGAAAGUCUCAUCUAUCAAAGGUAAGUUGAAGAAAUUGUAAAUCAAUUAUUUUAAUUGAUAACUUUAUGAAAAUGUAACUCAAGUUGAGUUAAGACAUGUUACUGUAAAAUCAAGAAUUCCUGUAAAUCUUAGAUUUAUUGUAGUUUGGACUUUUACAGUAACACACAUAUUUGAUUUUUAAAUCAGGAUAUUCGUGUUUGGGUAUUGAUUUAAAUCAGUACUGUGUGUAUAUUUUUUUAAAUGUGUCACAAAAUAUAAUGAUUUUUUGACUGUAAAAAAAAAACUAGUUCCUGAUGAGAAACUGAUUUAUUUAUUCAUUUUCGAUUUCCACAACAUGGUUCAGUGAUAGAAAAAUACUAUUCGAAUUCCGUAUCACAAAUUGAAAGAUUUACACAAUAUUUGUUUCGUAAAAAAUUUUUGAACAAAAUAUUUGUUAAGAACUUCGA